ACACAUGACACACCCAGGCAUAUUCCAGAGCAAAGCCAAGCAAAGCAAAGGCUGUCUCUCACUCAUCAGGCCGGAGCAGCAGCAGUUGAAAAUCCAGAUCCCAAAGCUCCAAAAUUCCACUCCCCGAAAAGCCCAUAAACCCCCUGUUUCUCUCUCCCUCUCUUCCUCACUCCAAAGUGAAGCCAGCAAGCCAAAGGCGACAUUUUUCUCAUGGACGCCGGCGCAGCCGCCACCACCCGGGAGCGCCACGCGCCGCACUCGCCGGUGGCAACGCUGCCGCUGCCGCUGCCGCAGGCAUCCGUCGACCCAUCCAACCCCUUCCCCACCACCUUCGUCCAGGCGGACACCACCUCCUUCAAGCAGGUAGUCCAGAUCCUCACCGGCACGCCGGAGACCGCGGCCGCCGCGGCGGCGGGCGGGGCGCAGGCGUCGGCGCCGGCCACGCAGAAGCCUGCACCCACGCCCCCGGGGCCCAAGAAGCCGGCUUUCAAGCUCUACGAGCGGCGGAGCAGCAUGAAGAGCCUCAAGAUGCUCUGCCCCCUGCUCCCGGCCGCCGCCGCCUUCGCCGCUGGAUGCUCGGCCGGAGGGUUCUCCCCGCGGGGGUUCUCGCCGCGCGGGGUGGAGGUGCUGUCGCCGAGCAUGCUGGACUUCCCGUCGCUGGCGCUGGGGAGCCCCGUCACGCCGCUGCCGCCGCUGCCGGGGUCCCAGGAGGCCGCUGCGGCCGAGGACCGCGCCAUCGCCGAGAAGGGGUUCUACCUCCACCCGUCCCCACGCGGCAAUGCCAGCGCCGGCGGCGAGCUGCAGCCGCCGCCCAGGCUGCUCCCGCUGUUCCCCGUGCAAUCGCCGACCGCGACCGGGCCGUGACCGCCUCUUGGCCUGCCCUUCCUUUCUCUAGGCUCGCUCCUUCUCGUUAUGUUCAGCACUUGCUGCUAAUCGCUGUGCUCCUACAGUGGGAGGCCGACUUGGUCUGUGGAUGAUUUGCUCCUCACCCCUCUCUCUCUCCCUCUCGUGAGCUUUGGGACGAUUCCUUAUGCCCUCAAGAUGUAAUCUGUGUUUGUAACAGUAAUUCGGUGCAUAAGAUGGAUUAAUUGAUUACCGAAUUCGAGUGUUCUUGUCCUCAGUUUUUCUUUUCCUUCUCUUAGUUAUUGGUUAGUUUCAUAGUA